UUUAAUAAUUUUUCUUGUUUCGUAAACAUCAUCAGUAUCAUGCGUAUUGCAUCCACUCUCGUCUCCUCUGCUGCGGUGUCGGGCCGGGCCAGAAGGUCGACCCGGCAGUCAACGGGUUGGGGCCGCUCGUGCUCAGUCAGGCUGGAGCGCCUGCUGUUGGACGCGGAGCGGCGCACCUGCUGGGCCGGGGGCCGCACAUACAAGCUGCGCACCACCAAGCCCGCAACCACACCCAAUGUCAUCAACAUCUAUCAAUGUCACCAUUGCAACAAACAGUUCAAGAACAAGUUGGUUCUGAAGAAACACGUACACAUUCACUCACCUUUACAUAAUUCAAUGGGAGAAGAUUUAGAAAACAAAAAACCUAAAUACAGCAAUAAGAAAUACAAGAGUGAUUGCUACCCCGUCGCGGCGGAGGCCUUCCCAAUAUCUCGAGUAUAUGCUAUCUUGCUAUUCUAUACCACAACACUACCCUCAACUAAACUAAAGCUAUGUAAAUCUUUGACCGGGGAGAAUAACCCACCCCCUCUUCACAUAAAAGGAAUGGUGGUUAAUGGACCACCACCUUGA